GCCGGGAAACUUACCAGCCGUCCUCCUGGCUGUGGAAUAUUACAUUAGAUCGGAAAACGACGUCGACCGUGGAGUGAGUUGAGUUUGAAUUAUUACGAGCAAAUUGGAGUUAAAGAUGGCCAUUGAAUUGACGCUUUGCUCGUCUUCAAGACACGGCUUUUUGGGUGCUCGAACUUUUUGUUCUGACUAGUCUGCUCAUCCGUUUCCAAUCCCGGCUAGAGAUCUCCUUCAAUUUUGCUAUGUUUGUGGAUUCGAUGUUUUGUUCUGUUUAUCUGCCAACGAUUCUCUCUCUCGCAAUCACUAGAAAUUUCUUCUCUGGCUAUUGGUUUGUAGACUGACGGUAUAGCUCAUGAGCUGCCUAUGAGUGAUAGAGAUUGAGAACUAGAUCGCCUUGUGAAAAGAAGUCGAAAAUCCGAGAAAUCGAGAAUGGCAUCGAGUGGUAAUGGUGGAAAGGAGGAGGAAAUUGAGGAAUCUAAUGGCUCUGGUGGGGUCAAGAGUCGAAUUCCUUUAUUUGUUUCUACGUCUCAGAGGGGACUUGUAGGUGAUGGAAACCCUCAAAAUCUGCCCUAUGAUAAUUUUUCUGGUCUGCCUAAAAGAUUGAGGUUCCUCAAGUUUGGUUCCUUGGCUUCCCCAUCUGUGAAAUUCCAGCGGAUUGCUAACCAGAAGGAUCAGAUUUCACGGAUUGUGCCUUCAUCAAGUAGUCAUGCUAUUCGAGAACGAUUUUCUAGGAUGUUUUCCCGAAAAAUUGAUUGGACCUCUCUUUGGAACAUCAGCAAAGAAUGGAUUAGGGACCCCGUGAAUAUGGCCCUUCUUGUUUGGAUUGUCGCGGUGGGUGUGUCUGGUGCUAUUCUGUUCCUUGUCAUGACUGGAAUGUUGAACAGCGUCCUGCCAAGGAAGUCCCAGAGGGAUGCUUGGUUUGAAGUGAAUAAUCAGAUCCUCAAUGCGCUAUUUACUCUGAUGUGUCUAUACCAACAUCCAAAGCGUAUCUACCACCUUGUACUUCUAUUGAGAUGGAGACCAGAGGACAUCACUAAACUCAGAAAGAUUUAUUGCAAGAAUGGGACUUAUAAGCCUCACGAAUGGGCACACAUGAUGGUGGUUAUUGCUCUGUUAAACAUUAACUGUUUUGCACAAUAUGCACUUUGUGGUCUUAACUUGGGAUACAAGAGAUCAGAACGACCAGCCAUAGGAGUUGCAAUAUGCCUCUCCGUUGCAAUUGGUGCACCUGCAGUUGCUGGUGUUUACUCCAUUGUUAGUCCCCUUGGGAAGGACUAUGAGUGUGAUGUGGAUGAGGAAGCACAAGAUCAAACUGCUGCUACUGAUGCUUGCCAGCCUAGUCAGCUAAGACUGAAAUCAUUAGAGAAGAAAUUUUCAUUUGUAUCAAGAGAUGACAGGAGGAUUGUUGAGAGCAGACCGAAAUGGAGUGGUGGGGUGUUUGAUUUUUGGGAUGAUAUUUCUUUGGCAUAUCUCUCGCUGUUUUGUAGUUUUUGUGUUUUUGGAUGGAAUAUGGAGAGACUUGGAUUCGGGAACAUGUAUGUUCAUAUUGCAACUUUUCUUCUGUUUUGCAUGGCCCCUUUCUGGGUUUUCAAUUUGGCUGCCAUUAAUAUCAAUAAUGAGGCAGUCAGGGAGGCUUUAGGGGUUACGGGGAUCUUUCUUUGCGUGUUUGGUUUACUUUAUGGUGGUUUUUGGAGAAUUCAGAUGAGAAAGAGAUUCAAUUUGCCAGUGUACAAUUUCUGUUGUGACAAUCCAGUUGCUGCUGAUUGUGCAUUGUGGCUUUUUUGCUGUUGGUGUUCUCUUGCUCAGGAAGUACGGACAGGGAAUUCCUAUGAUAUCAUAGAAGAAAAAUUUUUCAGAAAGCAAGCGGAUGAUUAUGGCCAGUCUCCAAUUUCACCAUUGCCUCGUGAAGAUGGAGACUUCCAGUUGAGGUCUGGCCCAAGUUCUCCAUUUGGGAACAUUGCUGCUGCAUCCCAGAUUACGAAAACUAACUCUCCAAGUCCUGGCAGAUUCUCCAAGGAAUACUAUACUCCGGAUCGGCAUCUUCCUCUGGUGGAGGAGGGUAAGGAUGAAACUAUGACACCACCUACUCCGCCACUUAUUCAGAAAGAAGCCAAUUAGCUUGAAAUAUUUCUGUGAUAGCAUUCUGUUUUGAAUUACUAAAUGCUGCAAACUAGUUCAUUUCAUCUGAAUGUACUUUUGAGUGUAUAGAACUUCGUUUUAUGUGUAAAUGCUCUUUCUUACUGUUGUGUGUCUCUCAGAUAUAUGUUUUCA